UAAGGCAGUUAAUAAAGAUUAAAAACGAUUAAAUUGUGCACACAGUUUUUGUUGAAGUUGUGUGGUGCGAUUACGCAUUUAUUACUUAACUAAAAUCGCUAAAAUGUGUAACUUACAAGUGCUUUAAUACCAAAAAGUGAUUCAAACAACAAAAUUCUUUAAAACAAUAAAGCCAAAAUCAAAACACUCUCAAGUAGUUUGUAGAUAUCAAUGUAAUUAAAUAUGAAUUUAAUUGAUAUUAUUCCCAUGUAAAUAACAUGUUGGAUAACCAGCAAAAACCGUGAUAGAAAAAAAUGUUAACAACUUCAUCCCACGUGCGAAUUGUAUGGAGUAGCACGUUCUCGUGAAUGAUUUGAGAUUAGAUUCCCGCACUCAACUGUUGCCCACGACAGCAAACGCAUCGCUACUCUUAAAAAUUGUACCCUAAGUGAUAAAUCUAGUUAAAGUCAAACCGGUUGUAAUUUUCCUAUUAAAAGCAAAGUGAUAUGCUUCAAUUUAUAAAUAUUAAUAUAAAUAGUUGUGAUAUAAUUAUUCUUUAAAAUAUUAAAACAUUUAAAAAGCGCAUAGGAAAUGAUGAAAUGGUGAAGUCAUGAUAAUAAUUUAAUUCAAACAAAGUAAAUUUCCAGUCUGGUGUGCGACGCUGAUUUAUUGCUUUAAAUAUGCUGAAUGUGCUCAGGUUUUAGGCGGUAUAUUAAACAAGUGAUAAGUGAUUGUUAAUCAAAGUAAAAUUACGGUUGUAACCUUGAAUUUAAUACUCUGGCGUUAAGAUGGCGUCAGACGGGAUGAAAAAGAAGUUAUAUUUUUAUUUUUGCAUGGCUUGUGCCAUGAUGUUGGGAUUUGUCGCUGGCAUGAACCUUUCAUGGACCUCACCAGUGCUUCCUAAACUUGAGAAAUCCAACUCGGAUAAUCCCCUGGGUACCCCAAUCACAGAUUCCGAGAAUUCUUGGAUUGCCGGACUGCUUUCUCUUGGCGCUACGUUUGGUCCAUUCCUGGCGGCAUUUGCAUCUGAAAAAAUCGGAAGAAAAUGGUCGCUGAUCAUCAUUGAUGUGCCCUUCAUCGUGUGCUUCCUUAUUCUCGCAUUUGGAGAAGCCGUUUGGUUGUAUUUAGUGGCACGCUUCAUCGUGGGUCUCUCCAUUGGUGGCACCUUUACUGUUCUGCCAACAUACAUUGCUGAAUUAUCUCCUGACAGUUUACGUGGUACCAUGGGUGGCAUCAUGACUACAUUCAUCGUUACUGGCGUUUUUAUGUCAUACGUAAUUGGACCCUACAUUUCCAUAUUAUGGUUUAACAUUGUUUGUGCUGCCAUAGCAACUGGUUUUGCUGUGGUAUUUUUCCUGUUUAUGCCGGAAACUCCGCAAUAUUUGGUCUCGAAUGGAAGAGAAUCUGAAGCGAAGGAAAUCUUAGCAAAAUUGCGAGGUUCCAAUGUUGGUAAUCCAGAUAUCGAUCAAGAAUUCAUGGCGGUUUGUGAUAUGAUCAGAGAAAACUCUGGAGGAUCGAUUAAAGACUUGACUUCACGUGGAAAUAUGAAAGGUUUAAUUGUUGCUGGAUCUAUGCUUGCGUUCCAGCAGUUUUCGGGAAUUAAUAUUGUGCAGUUUUAUGCACAGCAAAUUUUUACCGAUUCUGGAUCUUCUGUUCCAUCGGAGGUUUCACCUAUGAUUGUUGGUGGCGUGCAGGUUAUUGCCAGUUUUGUUACCCCUAUAUUAGCUGAUAAAGCUGGAAGGAAAUUUUUAUUUGUCCUGUCCGCAGCUGGCAUGUUAAUUUCAGAAGUACCACUUGGUGUUUUCUUUUAUUUAAAAGAUGAUCAUCAGAAUGUUGAUGACAUUUUAUGGUUGCCAGUGGCAUGUUUAGUUGGGUAUAUUGCAAUGUAUAACUGUGGUAUGGGUGCGUUGCCAUGGACUGUCAUGGCGGAGAUAUUUCCACCUAAUAUUAAAGGAAUUGCUUCGUCGAUUUCUGCUUCAAUAUGUUGGUUCCUUUCAUUUUUGUUAACGUUUUUCUUUUCUGAUAUUUCGGCUGAAAUUGGCAUAGGUGGAUCAUUUUGGUUGUUUUCGGCAUUUAAUGCUUUGGCAAUUGUUUUUGUCCUAACCUAUGUACCGGAAACGAAAGGAAAGAGUCAGAAAGAGAUACAACAAAUGCUCGCCGGUUAGAUAACCUUAAACAAAUGUAAAAAAGGAGAUUUUAUUGUUGUUGAUUUUUAAUUAAUGUUUAUGGAUAUUUUAUAAUUCUAAGUUGUUAUGAGUUUAUAUAUUGUUUAAGAUAUUGAUAAUUGAAAUAGAAAUUUAAAAAAACUAUCAUGUGUUACUUUGUUUAAUCAAUUGAAUCGAUUGUUAUCGAUAUAAGUAUCAACAAAUCUAAAUUAUUUGCUCAUAUCAAUUAAUGAAUCAUCAUGAUCAGCUCAUAAAAUACCUACUUAGAUGAUAAGAAGUAAUAUUUAUCAAUAUUUUGUUUGAUAGUCAACUGUAUUGAUAUUGUAUAGGAAUAGUCAUAAAAAUAUGUAAAUUGUUAAUAUUGAUUUAUAAAUCAAUUCUAGUCUUAA